UUCUGAUUUAGUGCCCGCCUCAUUUUUUUUAUUUCAGAUCGUAAUCCCUGCCCUCUUGUUUAACGGUUAGACAAGAAGUAGAGGUGUUGAGCUAUGCGCAUUUUGCUUUGUCAGUUUGUUGUAAUAGGGUUCUGCACGAUAAGAUGGUUAGCAGGUGCAUUGUGUGCGCCCGGGUUGUAAAACUUGCAGGUUGGGGGCUAUUACUGGGCACCGUGCUGGCACUUGUUGUCGCUGCAGUGCGUACCUUCACCUUUGCAGUCGGAGAGGACUUGCGACUGUCGGCGUGGGAAAAGAGGGACGUGCUGCCGGGCACCUUCAGUCCGCAGGAAAAAGCUGAGUUUCUGCGAAGUUUCAAGGAAGCGAUAAGAAUACCAACAGUGUCGACUUCUGAAACCGAUUUGAAUAUUUCAGCACUGGAAGAGUUUAAUGAUUUCCUUCAGAAAGCCUUUCCUGUGGUCUUUUCAUCCAGUUUGGUCCAACAUGAGAUUGUCUCAGAUUACAGCCACCUAUUCAAAGUGUCUGGCUCAGACCCAACACUCCAACCAUACAUGAUCAUCUCCCAUAUUGAUGUUGUCCCAGCUCCCUCAGAUGGAUGGGAUGCUCCGCCUUUCUCUGCACAGGAAAUCAGCGGUUUCAUCUAUGGCCGUGGGACUCUUGACAAUAAGCAGUCACUUAUGGGCUCACUGCAAGCUUUGGAAUAUUUACUUAAAAGAGGAUAUAAACCACACCGCACAUUUUAUCUUGGGUUUGGGCAUGAUGAGGAGGUGACUGGUCCGAAUGGAGCUAAGAAUAUAGCAGCCCUUUUGAAGUCCAGAGGAGUGAAGCUGAGUUUUAUUCUUGAUGAGGGCAUGGCAGUGCUUGAUGGAAUUAUAAAGGGCAUACAAGGACCAGCUGCUAUCAUUGGAGUCAGUGAAAAAGGAAUCAUGACAAUCAAACUUACAGUUACUAUGAAGCCUGGUCAUUCAUCAACACCACCAAGAGAAACAACCAUUGGCAUUCUGUCUAUAGCUGUGUCCAGACUAGAAAGAAACCCCCUGCCUAGCAAGUUUGGACUGGGACCAGAAAGGGCAAUGUUUGAACACCUUGCUUCUCAUUUUGAUUUUCCUGUUAACUUUGUGAUGAGUAACUUGUGGCUUUUUUCUCCAUUUUUAACAUGGAUUCUUGAAAAAGAGCCUUCAACAAAUGCUUUGAUUAGGACUACUACUGCAGUCACCAUGUUUAAUGCAGGGAUAAAGAAUAACAUUAUUUCCCCAUAUGCUGAAGCUGUUGUGAAUUUCAGGAUUCACAAUGCACAGACAACAGAUGAGGUAUUGCAGAUUGUGAGUGAUACUAUCGCAGAUGACAGGGUGAAGGUGGAAGUGAUAUCAGCAGGAGAACCACUUCCCAUCAGUUCCUAUAAUGCUACAUCUUUUGGGUAUCAGAUCAUUAAAAAAACUGCCCAAGAAAUAUUCCCUCAGGUUGUGGUAGCACCAGGUGUCUGUGUUGGGAGCAGCGACAGCAAGCACUUUGUCGAAGUGUGCGAUGAGAUCUUUCGGUUUGUUCCAACAUGGUUUAAGAUUGAGGAUUUGUCUCGGUUCCAUGGAUUAAAUGAAAGGAUUUCUGUGAAAAAUUAUGAAGAGGCAGUGAAGUUUUAUUUCCAACUCUUCCAGAAUUGUGAUAUCAGCAAGCUUCCAGAACCCCAUGCAGGUGGCCAUGAACUAUAAUUCCAGUGACCUAACUAUUGAUGUGUUGGCUUACCCCUUUGAAUAAAUUAUUGAUGUAACUGUGUUUCUAUUGGAGGUGGCAGAGUGGAGCAGUGGUUAGCCCUUCUCUAUUAUGGAUCCCAGCAUCAUAGGUUCAAAUUCUGUAUUCCACCCUGAUGAUGACCUUGUAUGUCUUAGUGAGUUUUCCAGUUGGUAUUCCUGGUUUUCCCUCCACAUCUUCCUAGACAUGUAUAUUUUGUUUAUUGAUAGUCUUAAACUGUGUUUGUGUCAGUGAAUUGGUCCCACAAUGGAGUGGUAACCUGUGUUUGGCUGUUUGUUGCUUUGGGCUCAAUACUACUUGGAAAUUGGCUUUGACUAAGGCCAAGACUAAGUUUAUUUGAUAAUUUUAUGUACUAUUUCUGUUGACUUUUGAAUAAACAGUAAUCAUGAAAUGUAAUGCAGCCACAGUGUGGAAAAUGAGACAGAAUGUCAACAUCAGUUAGUAAAACUUUGAUUCAAUCCAAAAUGUUAUUUUAAAAUGCACCACAUUUGUGCUGAACAGUGCAUAGUUUAGUUUUAUUUCGGGCAUGCAGUUACAGCAUUCUUUAAAUGGGAGAGUUCAACCAUUUUAAUACAUAGGUUCAUUAUUGCGACUGCCCAGAGCCAUUGUCAUUGCCAUUCAACAGUUUUACAUCAGUUAUUUCUGCAAAAAAGAUAUCCAUUAACAAGCCUAAUCUACUUUAGCACACACACACACACACGCCCUACCCAUAGAAAUCUUUUCAAUGUUAAAAAAAAAUAUCUUACAGAACUUUUAAACCUAACUGGAUCCUCCCUGUAGUUUCCCUGAUGGUUCAAAUCAAGUGUUGAUAUGAUGUACAAAUGCAGCAGUUCAAAAUAAAGUUAUUUUACUUUUUUAUUUUGACAAGUUUGGAACCUACAAAAUGUCAAAAUGCAUUUUAAGGUGUAGGAAUUUACAUGCUACCUGAAUUACACUUUAGUGAUCUGCUGAUAUUGAUGAAACAUCAUAAAAGAGAUCUCCUGUGAGCAUCAUGUAAUUUAUCUAAAUAAAAUUUGAUAAAAAAUG